GCGGCUGCGAGCAGGAAGCAGUAGACGGGCGGAUGGAGGAACAGUUAGGCGUUCGGGAAUCCACUUUCAGCGCUUUACUCUGUCUCUGAGCCGCGUUCGAUCCGGAUUAAAGAGUGUAAACCCGGGUUAGGUGACACCCCGGUGCCGCAGGACCGAGUUAGACUCGGGUUAAACCGCGCGCUUUAAACACACAGCCGUGUGGAGUCAGAUAAGGGCGUGUGUGUUUGAGAGAGUGUGUGUGUCGAGCCUUGCAUGGUGGAUAGUGAGUGUGUAAGUGUGUGUGUGCGAGAGAGAGAGAGAGUGUGUGUGAGGGAGGAUGGGCUGCACGCUGAGCACCGAGGACAAGGCGGCGGUGGAGAGGAGCCGCAGGAUAGACCGGAACCUCCGGGACGAUGGGGAGAAGGCAGCGCGAGAGGUUAAACUGCUGCUGCUGGGAGCGGGGGAGUCCGGGAAGAGCACAAUAGUCAAGCAGAUGAAGAUUAUCCAUGAGGCGGGUUACUCAGAGGAGGAGUGUAAGCAGUACAAGGCCGUGGUGUACAGUAACACCAUCCAGUCCAUCAUCGCCAUCAUCCGCGCCAUGGGACGCCUCAAAAUCGACUUCGGGGACGCGGCACGGGCGGACGAUGCCCGGCAGCUGUUCGUGUUAGCGGGCAGUGCGGAGGAGGGCUUCAUGACGGUCGAGCUGGCUGGAGUGAUCAAGCGUCUGUGGAAGGACGGAGGAGUGCAGGCCUGCUUCAGCCGCUCCCGAGAGUAUCAGCUCAAUGACUCCGCCGCUUAUUAUCUGAACGAUCUGGACAGGAUAUCACAGAACACCUACAUCCCCACGCAGCAGGACGUACUGAGGACCCGCGUCAAGACCACGGGCAUCGUGGAGACGCACUUCACCUUCAAGGACCUGCACUUCAAGAUGUUCGAUGUGGGAGGUCAAAGGUCAGAGAGGAAGAAGUGGAUCCACUGUUUCGAGGGCGUGACGGCCAUCAUCUUCUGCGUGGCCCUCAGCGACUACGACCUGGUGCUGGCCGAGGACGAGGAGAUGAACCGAAUGCACGAGAGCAUGAAGCUUUUCGACAGCAUCUGCAACAACAAGUGGUUCACCGACACCUCCAUCAUCCUGUUCCUCAACAAGAAAGACCUGUUCGAGGAGAAGAUCAAGAGGAGCCCACUCACCAUCUGUUACCCCGAGUAUGCAGGCUCGAACACGUACGAGGAGGCAGCGGCGUAUAUCCAGUGUCAGUUUGAGGAUCUGAAUAAGAGGAAGGACACUAAGGAGAUCUACACACACUUCACCUGCGCCACCGACACCAAGAACGUCCAGUUUGUCUUCGACGCCGUCACCGACGUCAUCAUCAAGAACAACCUGAAGGACUGCGGACUCUUCUAGAACCUCCCAAGGUGGAGAUGAUGCCAGUGUUUUGUGUUUUCCCAUGAGGCCGUGUGUGUGUGUGUGUGUGUGUGUUGGAUCAGUGCUGUACAUUGCAUUUCGUCCCUCUGCUUUAUUUAUGCUUUUUUUUUUUGUCUUUUUUAGUCUUUAACCAGAAAAGGGAAAGCGUAAAGUUUUAGAGCUCGUAGCCACACAUGUUUUUUUGUUUUUUUGUCUUUCACAUGUUCACGUUUUUCUCUCACCUUCUUUUUUUUUUUUUUUGUGGUUAUAAUUUUUUUAAAAAUCUGUAUUUUUCAUAAAGGAUGUCUUUAAUUAGUUUUCUCUUUCGUGUCCUCCUGGAUAGUUUUACAGCAGAGGGACAUCUCGGCUCUCUGAUUUUUUGUGCCUUGACGUGUUUUGUGCUCAUGUGCAGUGUUUCUCUCUCUCUCUCUCUCUCUCUCUCUCUCUCUCUCUCUCUCUCUCUCAUAACUUUUGCCGGCUGUGUAAAUAAAACAAUAAUGGGUCAAAGGGGGCGGAGCUUUGUAUAAACCCUGAUCACAACCUUUUGCGUAUAUGAUGUCACUUUUUGCUUUUGCUAGUCACAUACUUAAACGGUUUAGCCGUCAUUUCAUUUAGCCAUUAACAUUAGCAUGACAUGGCUAGUCGUAGCUGAGUUAGCUCACUAGCGGGCUGUACAGAAACCUGGUUUAGGCAGGGUGAUGGUUUAGCUAACAGCGACGGGUUAACUUUAGUAGCUUAGCUAGCUAGCCUGGUGUUAAAGGUACUUCUCCAGCAAUAUCUAGCAACCUUUGCUAGCUGUGAUGAGGUCAUGUGAUCACCUCAGUGAUUGGGGAUCAGAAGCUGCGCCUGUUUUGACCCAUGGAUGCCUGUAAACCAUAUAGUGUGUGUGUGUGUGUGUGUGUGUGUGUGAGAGAGAGCGUGUGCCUCUGAUCAGAGCUGAAUGUUGAUUCCAAGCUUGGUCUCCACGGCAACAGGAAGAUGCUUCAGAUGAGCGAGCGGCUCUGAUGAUUGAUGAUGAGAGAUUGGAUGUGCGCGCGUGCGUCUGUGUGUAAAGCCUCGGCUAGCCGCCAUCUCACGCACCGAGGAUCUGUUUUAAAGUUUUAACAAAUGCGUCUGUGUUGAGUAAUUCAUAAUGAUGAUGAUGAGGAUGAUGAUGAUAAUGACUCAUCCACUCUGUGUCUCUCUCUCUUUCUCUUACUCUCUUUCUGUCUGUGGGAACAUUUGUACCCUCAUGUCCCUUAUUUUGCUAAUAAAAAACAUUUGCAAUCCA